UGACCGGCUGCCUUAAAGGUGGCGGCUUUGCACGCGGACCGGCAUUUAGACUGCGGCGAGAGUUUGGCGAGUGUGUCUGCGCAGGCGCAUCCGUUACUCGCGGUAGUCCCCUCAGAACCAGGCUCGCUCUUUAUACGUUAGCAUGUCGGGUCGCGGCAAGACCGGCGGGAAGGCCCGCGCCAAGGCCAAGUCUCGCUCUUCGCGGGCCGGGCUGCAGUUCCCCGUGGGCCGUGUGCACCGCCUGCUGAGGAAAGGCCACUACGCGGAGCGAGUCGGAGCCGGCGCGCCGGUGUACCUGGCGGCGGUGCUGGAGUACCUGACGGCCGAGAUCCUGGAGCUGGCCGGCAACGCGGCCCGGGACAACAAGAAGACCCGCAUCAUCCCCCGCCACCUGCAGCUGGCCAUCCGCAACGACGAGGAGCUCAACAAGCUGCUGGGCGGCGUGACCAUCGCCCAGGGCGGCGUCCUGCCCAACAUCCAGGCGGUGCUGCUGCCCAAGAAGAGCGGCGCCAUCGCCGGCCCCAAGGCCCCGGGCAGCGGCGGCAGCAAGAAGAGCACGCAGGCCUCGCAGGAGUACUGAGGGCAGCCGCGGCCGCCCGGCCUCCGCGCCAGGCUCCCCACCCCCACCACAAAGGCCCUUUUCAGGGCCGCCUCCUCCCCUCACGGAGAGAGCUGAGCCACUCCCCCUGCCCUGGCCGGCGUCCCCGGGCGCGCCCGGGCCGGGCCCUUGCUUCUGACCCUUUCUCUCUUGGCAGCUACUGAGUCGGAGCCGCGGCGCCCCGGGGGCACGCGUGGGGACCCCCGGCCCGGCCCGGACCUCCGGCUUCGGAACUGAUCAUUUUCUCAGCCUAGAAACAUUGCCUUUCUCCUGGGGGAACUGAGAGACUGUGAAAGACAGCUUGGAAGUCUAACUUAAUUUUAUUAAAUGUUUUUUUUAAGCGAAGUUUCUUGUCUUUUUUUCAGCAUGCUUGUAGUUGGUGAUCUAAGGGGACCCAGGCUGCCGGACGCCCCCCGCGCCCCCAAGGCUGGCACGUGCUGGGGGAUGGUUCGCUCGGCCACCGGUCUUUGGGGGAAUUUGGGUCUGGGCCGUGAAAAGGACUUUUUGUGCCGAAGUCAUUGACCGGGCAUUUAUGGGUCGGGCACUGGAAACGGAUGGAUGAUCAUCCCAGCGCCCGGAGCACCAGUGGGAUGAUUGUCCAACCCCCAUCUUUUGUCUGUGGGCCAAAUAAAAAUUCCACAAGCGUUA